AAAUCAAGUAAACUUAUUCAAUUACAUUUUGAAUGUAAAAAAUGAAACCAAAUACUGAAACAUACAAAUUAUGUAUACCUGGAUUGCAUUUAUUGUAAUCACAGUGUGUAUUUAACAUUUCAGUCAUAAUAAAGUGUGACAAAAUAAAUAGUAUGCGAAUUCUCAAACUAGCGGAUUUUGAUAAACGACAUGGGAUGUAAUUAUUUUAACAUGUAAUAAGAAUUAGUCAACCGUUCGUACUUAUUUUAACUACUUUACAAAUCAACGAUUUGUUACAUGUAGACAGUUUUAAUUAAUCAUUUAACAGGUUGGCUUCUCGCAAAGUGAUAUAUUUUUUCCUUCUCUGCGUAGGGGCCAAUAUGUCUUGGAACCCAAUGCCUAUUGAAGAGCUGUGGAUCUUGCUCAGUCAAAGUGACUCCCCGUCUCUCUUGAAGAAGUUCUUGACUCUAGAGCUUUAUAACAAACUGAAGGACAAGAAAACCUUGCGUGGAGGGACACUAGCAAAUUGUAUCAAUACGGGAUGUUUACAUUUCCGCAAUAAUGCAGGCAUUUACGCUUGUGAUCCCGAAGCGUACACGGUAUUUGAAGAAAUAUUCAACAAAGUAAUUAAAGAGUAUCACAAGAUAGAAAGUCUGUGUCAUCCAGAACCGUAUUAUGGAACAGAAGAAGAAAUAGCAGCUCUAGGCAACAUUGAUCCCGAGGGUAAGAUGGUCAUAUCAACACGUGUCCGUGUUGCUCGGAGUCACACGAAAUAUCCGUUCAUACCAGCAUGCACGUUAGAGGACCUGCUGAACAUGGAAAACGACACAGUUACUGCCUUGAAAACACUGACGGGUGAACUAGCUGGACAAUAUUAUCCCCUUGCCCGGAUGGACAAAGCAACAGAGGCGCAACUGGUGGCAGAUCACUAUCUUUUUAGACAUGAUGAUAUAACACUGAGAGAUGCUGGUCUUUACAAGUACUGGGACACAGGUCGUGGUAUUUUCUACAACGAAGAUCAAACGUUCCUAUGCUGGGUCAACGAAGAGGACCAUAUAAGGCUGAUCUCCUUGCAGAAAGGAGGCGAUUUAGCUGCCGUAUAUAAACGUUUAGUCAAAGCUAUUCAUGAAAUGGAGGACCGGAUGACGUUUGCGCGGAGAGAUGGCUAUGGUUAUCUAACAUUUUGCGCAACGAAUCUAGGAACAACGCUACGAGCUAGUGUACUCAUGGCCAUUCCUAAUGUCAGUAAACAGGCAAAUUUCGAUGACUUCCUUGCGAAGCAUAAUAUACAGUCUAGAGGAACACGCGGGUUUGGUUCCGCAGUUGAAGAUGGAGUUCACGAUCUGUCGAAUAAGCACCGACUGGGUCUCACUGAAUACGAAGCUGUGAAAGAAAUGUUGAAUGGAGUUCUCGCAAUCAAAAAGUGGGAAGAAGAACUGGCUGGCAUGAAGAAAAAUGCCUAAAAUAAAAUGUGCAUUUUCACAUUGGUGUGACUGUCUCUCGUGGCCAGUUGACUAAUAGCUUUGGCUUUUAUAAUUAUUUAUAUAAGUGUAAUUGCUGGAUAUUUCUCCAAAUUCCUUUGUGUAUACCGUGAGUGGCUAGUUUUAUUUUCAAAUACAUUGGAAAGUGAUACAAAUUUAGCAUGGUUUUAACUAUUAAUAAGGUCAGUUUUUUUAGCUUGACUUUCCGAAGGAAAUAGUAGAGAUAUUGCACUCUAAAGAUUGCACCUUGCGUCGGCGUCGGCGUGCGGUGUUGUAAAGUCAAAUAUUUCUGUUACUGUCUAUUGUCUACACCGUGAGAGACAAUCCCCAUAGCUCUGAUUUGAAUUUCAAUAGAUUUGUGUCCCUUUGUAACUUAGAAUUUGUGGUUAAAGUUUUCGAUCUCUGUUAUCAUUGAAGUUAUUGACUUGAAAGUCAAAUAUUUCUGUAACUAUUGACUUCAAAUUUUAAAUACUUUAUUUAUUAUUAAAUAUUUACCAGGAGAAUAACCCUGGUUUGAGUUUUGACAGAGUUAUGUCCCUUUUUAUUUUAGACUUGUUGGUCAAGUUUUGGCUUGAACUUUAAAACAGUUGUUUAAUAUCUAAGUCUACACCUGGAGAGACAAUCCCCAUAGCUAUGAUUUGAAUUUUGAUAGAGUUUUAGAAAGUUUAUACUGGCAAAGCUCUUAGUUUAGGGUUAGGCACUGAGAAAAGUCGAGCGCACUGUUACUGUUACAAAGGCUACUGUUUUAUUUAAGGCAAAUUUUAACAAACUAUGUAGUUGCAUGAUUAACAUCAUUUGCAUGGUAAAAAUUUAAUAUAGUUUUAUUAUGUAUAUAAAUUGUUAAUAGUCUCUUGUAAUUCAAUAACUGAAUGGCAAUGUACUGUAUUUUAUGUUUUUGCUUUUAUUAUGAUGUGUUGAAUGUGUACAUUGAUGAGACUAUAAUAAAUAAAAUAUACAUGUUGUAUAUAUAUGGCUAGUUUACUGGCUUGAAUGAA